AAAUCGGAAGAACGAUCUCUUCUCAAACAGACUAAAAGAUGAGCAAAGCCACUAUUCACUGCACCACUGUUAAGGAUCCUUGCAGAGAGUUGAGAUGAUCCUAUUGCUUUCUGGCCACUACAAUCCUUAUCUUUGCCAUUCGGGUUACUCGUUGUUUGUCUACUUAUAUAGAGUUGCACCCCGCGGUCAGCUCCACCCGGGUCGGCCCGGUACGCCUUCUAGGGGUCGGUGGGAUAGGAACCCUCUGCCACGGGCUACUAGUGCUGGCCACUCUGACUACUAGUUCUAGCUAAGGACUCCAUCCUCCCAGUCCCUUCUCCCUGAUUCAGCUUCAAGAUAGCCCCGAGAUCCAAAAACUGGAGCAAAGGGAGCAGGUGAGCCGAGCAGGUAGAGGGAGCGAAUGCAGAGAGAAUUUGUUCUUGGGUAAAAGCCAUGGAUAUGGGAAGGUCGGAUACUCAGAGCUUAGAGUCCCUGAAUUUGGACAGUCUAAAUCGGGGUCACGGAACAAUAGUGCGUUCCUCACUCACUCCUCGAUCCUCAGGUCGCUCACAGUAAUUAGGAAGAUCGAAGAUGAGCUGGGCGUUCCUGACGAAGUUGCUGGAAACUGUGACCCAGCAUUCUACCUUGGUGGGGAAACUCUGGUUGUCGGUGCUGGUUGUGUUUCGCCUAGUGCUGCUGGCCGUGGGUGGAGAGGCCAUUUACCGGGACGAGUUAAGUGGCUUCUCCUGUAAUACAGCGCAACCGGGUUGCCAAAAUGUUUGCUAUGACGCCUUUGCACCCCUCUCCCACGUUCGCUUCUGGGUGUUCCAGAUCAUCCUGGUCACUGCGCCCACCGUAUUCUACUUGGGCUAUGCGGUGCACCACCUGUCCCGGCGCCAGAGGGCCCCGAAGCAAGAAGAGGAAGAAGAGCCCAUGCUCAAAAAGAAGUCCGAGAAGUCCUCUGAUGAUGGAGCCCACGAUGGUCGCAGGAGGAUCCGCAGGGACGGGCUCCUGGGGCCCUAUGUUGGGCAGUUACUGGUGCGGACUGCCUUGGAGGUGGCCUUCCUACUAGGCCAGUAUCUGCUCUAUGGCCUGGAGGUGCCUCCCUCCUAUGUCUGCGUGCGCAAGCCUUGCCCCCACACCGUGGAUUGCUUUGUUUCUCGCCCCACGGAGAAGACCAUCUUCCUGCUAGUCAUGUAUGCAGUCAGUGGCCUCUGUCUCCUGCUCAACCUGAUCGAAUUGCUGCAUCUGGGCCUGGGAAGCUUGAAGAAGGGUAAAAGUCACGGUGCUCCACUUUCUCAUUCCAAGAAUUUCCCACUGGAGCAGAUGCAGAAACAGCUGCAACUGGUCCAGGAGCACCUGGACAUGGCAUUGCAUAUGAACACACCUUUGGUCACAGCGCCUACCUAUGCAGGCCAGUCUGCUUCCUACAGCAUAUAUGCUCAGCAAAAUCUGCAUAAUCAAAGCGAAAAAGAGCCUCCAUUCUCCAAAACAGAUCAGUGAAAUCUGGAUUUACUAUUGUUCAUAAAUUUCAAACUCAGUCUGAUUUCGGGAAGACAAGAAUUUGACAUCUGGACUCUGGAAGAGGAAAUUUGGAAAUGUAUCUAAAAGAAAUGGCAUUUUGUUGCAUACUUUAUUUUUAAUUAGCUAGUUUGUGAGUGUGAUCUUAAGUGGCCCCUUCUUACUUUCUCAGGACCUGAAAACUGUCAUAAUCCAAUGCCCAUUUUCCCCUCAAACCAUCCAAACCCUUCACUGGGCCCUCAAUGGUCACAAAAGAGUUCACAGAUAGGGUGGGGGUGGGGUGCUUGAUUUUUGAGCAGUUGCUAGUGCAGUCAGUCUUAGAGAUAGCCUUUUCUGCCACUUAUCCUUUACUGCGAUAUGUUCUGGUAGUUGAAUUUAUAAGUUUUGUGGGU